AUGGCGAUUCAGGCGAAUUUGCGUGGGAUCGAUCUCAACAAGCAGACAACGAAGCGCGAUGCCGAUGGCAAUUUGGUGAGACCCAUCGAAGGCAUUCCCAUUCCAGAAUCUCAGGGAACGAUAGCGGCAGCCGUGUACAUCCUCUUGCUGUCUGUCUUCAUUCCCUUCGCUUUCGCAAGAGAGAAUCUAGAGCUAUUUCCCCACAAUGAAAUGGCAGAGUACUUGGCCGCGGUGCUCACCAUCACCUUUGCCUCCUUCAUGGGCUUUGCUGAUGACGUCUUAGAUCUCCGUUGGAGAUACAAAAUCCCAUUACCUUUUCUGGCCACGCUUCCGUUGCUGCUAGUCUAUUAUGCCAAUGGAAACGAGACUGGCGUUAUGGUUCCAAACCAACUGCGCUGGUUGUUUGGUGAUGCAAUUGACUUAGGAGUGUUCUUUUAUGCUUUCCUUUUGCUCCUUGCAGUCUUCUCCACCCAUGCCAUCAAUAUCUAUGCUGGCGUGAAUGGGUUGGAGGUAGGUCAAGCGGUUGUCAUUGCCGGUUCUGUUCUGCUCUUGAACAUUAUCCAGCUGCACCGCAUCCCGGACCAGUACAAGAACUAUAGGGACAGUCAUGUGCAAUCAAUCUUUCUCAUCGUGCCUUUUCUGGCUGUAAGCAUGUCACUGCUGCGGCUCAACUGGUUCCCUGCUACGGUCUUCGUCGGCGAUACAUACUGCUACUUUGCAGGCAUGACCUUGGCCGUUGUGAGCAUAAUUGGACAUAUCAGCAAGACGAUGGUUCUCCUACUCAUUCCGCAGGUGCUGAACUUCUUAUACUCCUGCCCACAGCUUUUCUCCUUCAUGGGUAUCCCAUGCCCUCGGCACCGAAUGCCGGCCUACAAUGCCUCCAAUGGGACAGUUUGCAACAGCUACGCCGAGUUCAAACCCGCCGAGCUGAAGCCGCUAGGGCGUUUGGUCUUCACGGUGCUGAAGUCUCUGAGGCUGGUGCACCUGAAACCUGGCAAAGAGGAGGGCUCCGUGAUGAUGAGCAACCUCACUCUUAUCAACUUCGUUCUCUAUGUCCCUUGGUAUUGGGUCAAAGUGAUGGAAAUGGUCAGUGACUUCGACGAAGGGCUCGACAAAGGAGCUUUCACACCAGACAUCAAGAACGCGGAUUUCUGGGCUGCUCAGGACAAUCAUUAUCCGGUGGCCCUAGGCAAGUGGUGGUCUUGGUCUGAGGGCAUGAUGCAGGCCUAUGGACCCAUCGCUGCCAUCCCGAUCUCAGCCAUGCCGAUCAUUCUCCAUCCCCUGAUCUUCUUCGCCAAGUUGUCAAAGAUGAGCGAUUUCGUUCUGCUCACGGCUAUCCUCGUCGGCCGAGUUGUCAAGUACAGCAUCAUGGCCCAGAUGGCCCUCACCGCCCCUCACCUCCUGAAGUUCUUCGGAGCAUCGCAGGAGGUCAUCCAGCAGGUGAAGAAGACCAAAGCGAACUGA